CACUGGAGGAGCAGCCCAGCUACCUGCAGAGGCUUAGAUCCCACUCUGCCCUCACCAGGGGCUGGUGGCUGCAGAGAGCCAGCUCCAAAUUCCAAGGCCACUUCCCAGACCGAGGGCAAAAUGCCUCCAGCUGCCCCGAGCCAGCCCCUCGGAGCAGCAGGACCAGGGCUCUGCGGGGCCAGGCAGGGGGGAGGCUGCUCCUGCAGCUUUGGGGUCCAUGAGCAGAUGUGCUUCCAGGCUGGACACUCCUGGUGCUGGGCACUGCUGGGGCGAGGAGGCAGUGCCCAUCCCCGGGCAGGUGGCUGGGCAGGGCAGGGCUGCCUGCACCACUGCGGCGCUCAGCCGGCGCUGGGCGGGACUGGGGAGUACUGGAAGCGAGGCCGCGGAGGAGUGGACUGCUGGAGCUGGGACAGAGGCAGAGCAGAGCACAGGGCUGGAUGUGGCUGAGGUGGGUGCCUACCUUCCUCCUGACUCCUCCUUCUUCAGCUCCAGUCCGUGGAGCCCUCUCCCAGCACCGGCAAGACCUCCGCCGGCUCCCAGGGCUGCAGGCGACCGAGCGGCAGCUCCCGCAGCAUGCUGCAGAACGAGGUCCUGCUGUGCUUCGCCUUCUACAGCACCGUCCUGAUCGUGAAGAUGUUCGUUGUUGCCAUCAUCACGGGACAAGUCAGGCUCAGAAAGAAGGCCUUUGCCAACCCCGAGGAUGCUCUGCGCAACGGGGGGCUGCAGUUCUGCCGCCAGGACCCCGCCGUGGAGCGCUGCCGCAGGGCACACCGGAAUGACAUGGAGAACAUCUUCCCCUUCCUCUUCCUCGGAGCCAUCUACUCCCUGCUGGAUCCCAGCCCCGCGGUGGCCAGGAUGCACUUCCUCAUCUUCUGCCUGGGGCGCAUCGUCCACACCGUCGCCUACCUGCUGCAGCUGAGGGCCCCCACACGCUCCCUGGCAUACAGCCUGGCACAGCUGCCCUGCUUCUCCAUGGCUCUGCAGAUCCUCCUUGCCACCACCCCGUACUGUGCCAGGGGCUGGUCCAGGCAGCAGCAGCACACAGUAGAGCUCCCCUACAGAGGAGAAGGCAGGAGGAAGGUUUUGCUCUCUCUCUGCCCAGAGGACAACACAAGAGUUCCACCAGGACCAAAGGAGGAAACCAGGAUGGACAGAGAAUAAAUUCCCCUUCCAGCUGUCCCAAGCACCAAAGCUGCUCCCUUAACCCCCUGGAGAUGCUCUUGCUGAGACCUCACUGAGCUCCUGUGUGC